UCGUCUUCCCAACGUCCCCCCUCCCCCGACUGGUCUGCCGGUCAUGUGCACCUUCACGUGAUCCGCCCAGCACGGCCUGAUGGCGUAGUUGGUUAUCGCAUCUGUCUAACACACAGAAGGUCUCCUGUUCGAGCCAGGGUCAGGUCAUUUCUUUUUGUCCAGUCUGCCAUGAACAUCUAUCUGUAUCACCUGCCCACCACCGGGACCAUAUCCUUCGGCGACUUCUGCAUCGAUACCUCCCCAGAAAAGACCUAUGCACAGCACAUCGCAGAGGUUACUCAGGCCAGGGCCAACCUCCGAGCAGUUCUCAAGGAGAAUAAACGAACCCACGACUCGGAAAAGGAUUACCUUAGGCUCGUCAAGGUCCUCGAUGACUACCUCCCCCAGUUGUAUGGGAUGAUGACAUCCGUCGCUUCAGGUACCGUCUCUCUCCGUUUCGAACCAGUCUUCAGUUGGCGUACGACGCUCUCCUCACAGCUCCUCAACACUUGCCCCCGCGUCCCCCUCCCAUCUCUUCAUGCAGAUCUUGCAUUCUCUCUCCUCACUUACGGCAUGGCUCUCUCCAACUUUGCACGUCUCACCGUAAACGCCCUAGGAAACUACGAACACGAACCCGCCAUCUCGGGCAUCGAACGCAACGCAAAGGAUGAGAAACUCAGUUUCGCCGUGUCGCUCUUUUGCCGUGCAAGCGGCGUCUUUGCGCACCUCAGCAAAUCCGUACUUACCGAUUGGAACAAUGCAGGUGUAUCAGGACCUCGGCCCCCGGACUUGGCCACCGAGGUGUGUGCUGCGCUGAGCAAGAUGGCCCUAGCAGACGCCCAAGCACUCGCAGUCCGCAAGCUCCUUUCCCGCUCCGCAUAUGAGAGUGCACUCUCUCCUGGCCCCCCCCUUCCCAAAUCCCACCCCUCCACUGCGCUACUCGCCAAGCUCCACCUUGAAUGCGCAUCCUUGUAUAUAUCCGCUCGCUCACUUGCCCUGACACCAGGCAAGGUUCGUGCCACGCGGAAUGCCGCAAGUGAAAAUGGGAUGGGCGCCAGCGGGGAAAUCAUCGGUGAACUGACAAGACAUCUCACGGACGAAGCAGCUUUUCACUCGGCACUUGCACACAAGUGGCUUGGUGUCGACGCCGGUGAGAGUGGUGUUGCCACAAAAGGCGGGGAGGCGGUUGGGUUCCUGGCAUGGGCGAAGCGCGAGUUGGAGGAUCUGUGUGGAAGUAUUAAAGGGCACCUUUUGCGUAAAGACAGAACGCUUGGAGAAGGAAGAAGAGGGAAAAAAGAAAGGACCACUCACGAACUGGAGAGUGUGGAGGUGUUUUUGUCGCAUUACAAGAAAAUGAAUGAUACGAUAACAUUUCAACCUGUUCCUAAACAAUCGGACCUUCAGACAAAGAUUCCCGCAGGGCGGCUAGCUGUCUCGCCCAAACCUUACCAGGCCCCCGUUCCCGCGUUUGGAUCCACAGCUUCAGAUAAAGCGCGGUCCCUGGCUGACGCGAUGAAGAAUUCACUGAAUCUGGACGUCCCGCGCCGGACUGCUAGCGAUACCGACAGUGACAGUGACGAUGAACCAGUCAAGGAGCUGCCUAGUAGGAAGACGUAUGCAGGUGCUGGUUCAUACUUUUAGACUUCAAGGUGUAAUUACGCGGUCUGACUGC